ACCUGAAUGUCAUAGUCGUAUUGCAGACGUUGCCGUUGCAAGUGAAUGCAUCGACAACUGUGGCGCAUGGCAAUGCCAAGCCACAGCCACCCUUUCCUCUGUGGCUUCGACCUCCGCAAAUUUUAGUUGACUGCGGAACGCGCAGGUUAGAGACACUUCGACACUGUCCAGCUCAACUUGCCGCACCCCAUCCAUGAUCUGAGGCCAUUCCAUACCAGUCUCCAAGAUGCCUCAAGCACAGCCAGAACUCAAAAAGUAUCUCGACAAGCGGGUCGAAGUGCAACUCAACGGCUCGCGCAAAGUCAUGGGCACCCUGCGCGGCUACGAUGUCUUCCUCAACAUCGUCCUCGACGAAGCGACCGAGAGUAAAGCCAACAACGAGAAGGUGCGACUGGGCAUGUGUGUGAUUCGGGGUAAUGCGGUGGUGAUGAUGGAGGCGCUGGACCGGAUCGACGGCGGGGACAGGGGCGGUGGGAGAUGAGAAGGCUGGACCUUUCGGGAGAAAUGGACAGACAGGGAAGCAUGCGCAGGGGCCGAUGCUACGAGCUAUAUGACGAGCCGGAAGAUGGUUGCGAGCACCUCCCGUUUGGCUACGGUCGUCAAAAUAUCGGUGCGUCAACCCGGGAGUCAACGAGGCGAUCCGGAAUGCCGCAAUAAUCACAUAACUGCCGCCACGAAUCCUUGAAAAGGCGCGAGCCGCUGUAUUAGUUGCGAGAAAUCUAUUCAAACGAU